AAAAUCCCGGAAGAGAGGAUCAGGAAAGCAUUUACAGUAUGAAGAACACAUAGGAUACUUUUAUUUAACAUUAAUAUAUAGAAGGAUUUUUAUUGCCUUGUCGAUUUUGUUAAUAAUUUGUCCGCAAAUUUUAUUUGGUGGUAGUUCAAUUAAAAAGAACAGACAUGGCAGCAGAAACAUUCCGUCUACAAAAGGUUUUGGAAACAUUUAGAUCAAGUCUGAGUGAAAAUAAGGAGGUUUAUGUGAAAUAUUAUAUAGCAGGAUGGCAAGAGCUGGUUACCUUCAUGAAUAGUUUGGGCAGUGUGUUUUCCUUCAUCUCCAAGGAUGUUGUCAGCAAAAUCCAGAUCAUUGAAAACUUCCUUUCAGGUGAAAACGGAUCCCAUUAUGCCACCAUCCAGUCCAUGGUGACGUAUGAGCUAGAAAACGACCUGGUUGACCUCACCAAAAGAGGCAGCCACCCAGAAUCCGGCUGCCGCACUCUUCUGAGGCUCCACCGGGCCCUGCACUGGCUGGAGCUGUUCCUGGAGAGACUGCGAACCAGCACCGAGGACAGCAAGACCUCCGUCAUGUGUUCUGACGCCUAUAACGAGUCUCUGGCUCAGCACCACCCCUGGCUCAUCCGGAAAGCUGUCGGCAUGGCGUUCUGUGCCCUUCCGGGGCGUGACACAUUUUUUGAAGUGAUGAAUGCGGGCGAUCACACGCAGGUGGUUGCUCUGUUGGGAGAGUCUUUGCCUCUGAUUGCUGAAGUGUACCAGAUCACAGAAGACUUGUAUGCCAACAACAACCUCUUGGAGUUACCGUAGAAGGAGGACUGAAAUAUAUUUUACUCAUUACUCUACUUAAUACAUAGUCCUUGUGGCACAUACUCACUUAUUUACUACAAACAUCGACUUAUUUGACUGUCUGUCUGUUUUUAAACUGAAGGGACAUGCAAUAUGCAGAUUUAAUGCACAUUUUUAGCAGGGUUCUGCUCAUUUAAGCUAUAAACUACAAAACACCAAGUAAAUGCUGGGUGUACUUUAAUGUAUUUGAGCUUAGGGAACAGUAUAAAGCCAUUUAAGGCACAGGAUGUGAAAUAUAUAUAUUUAAAUUAGAAUUUAAGUUUGAAUCGCUGUAUAUUUAAAUAUAUAUAUAUAUAUAUAUAGGUCAUUUUUUUCCUUGAGUGUUGAUUAUUUUAUUGGAAACACUUUUACUUGAAUUCAUGUUGAAUGUGCGUCAUACACCUGCAGGUUUACUGAAACUAUAAAAGGGGAAAUUUUGUUGUACAUGUUUAAAUAAAUAAUAUGUACUGCUAUAAUUAAAUAUAAUGUUCU